AAAAUCGCAACGAAGAACUAAAACUUGUAUUUCCCGCGUUCUGAUAAGGGUGACGUCGUAACCCAGAACGAGGUUUUGGGAAUCACCCGGAAAUUCCAAACAUGGCGGAUUUAGUAAAAGAAACAAAAUGCCCAGUUAUUUACAACAAUAUGCUCAAUGAAAAGAUAUACGUUGAAAUAAAAACUCGAAUAUGCGUUACGCAAUUCAUAUUUGUCAAAAGCAAUGCAGAAAGGAGGAUACACAUCAACACAAAUUCAAUAAAGAUUCAACAUGACAAUAUUCAACUUCCUUCAUUGGUGUUUUACAUUGACACAAUGGAACUAAUUCCUACAACAUGUCAUGGUCUUCAUAUCAACAAGAGCUGUGAAUUACAUCUUAGGAUGAAGAUUAGACAACGGGAUGCAGAAACAAUCAAAGCAGAAAUUGCAAACCCUACAAGUAUAUCAAGCGAUGGACUGCUUCGUAAAUUUGAUAAUUUCCAAUCAUGCAUCUGUAAAAUGUGUGGAGAGGAUAUUAUUAAAACAAAGAGGAAAUUCAAAAGGGUUCUUUCACUUCCCUCGGACAAUUGGCAAGAUAAUACUGACAGCUGGUUCUGUCAUAACCAUGGCAACGGAAAACAAAAUGGUGUAGGGAAAAACACAUCAUUACUUCCAAAGGAAAGUGACUGUUUUGUCGGGGAUAAUUUUUUCAUGGUUAAUGAAGAGAGUUUAAAGCAUGGCAUAGAGACAAUUGGUAACCAUAGCAACCAAGUCAGAUGUCGAAGAUGUAGGUUUCUCAUCGGAAAAGCAGUAACAAGUCCAGGGAAAACUGAAGACAAAGAUGCAAAAAUGGUAGUCAAGUUGUAUAAUCACAAGUUAAAGAUCAACCAUUCCAUCACAAACUCAAGAAAUCCAAAUGACUCAUGUGAAAGAGAUGCUGAUUAUUUCUACUGCAGUUAUAUAAUGAGCCAAAGCACCAGUUAUACAUCAUUCAGAUUUGUAUUGGAGUCAGAUGACCGCCAACCUUAUGCACUGUUGUGGCUUCUAGAGACGACCACAGAGGUUCUUCAUCUGGAUGCAUCUAGGAAUGAGAGUCCCCAUACACCACAACCCAUAGCUAAAAUACUUUACAUUAGCUGCAUGAAAGGCUCAAAUAAACAACUGUUUAGUACUUGGUGUAAGGACCUUACAGUGCAUAGUAUAACCUUCCAUGAUGACAUGUGUCUAGAACUGCUGAAUCUCCUAGUAAAAAGCACUUUAAAAUUACCAGUCAGUCUUCAACAACUUGAUGGGUUUCAGGUUGGAUAUCUUCAUAGACCAUCGUGAUGAUCUGGGAACAAUUGGUUGCAGACUAAUAAAGAACAUUGAGCUAUACAAUGGAAAAUAUGGUCUUCGAUACUCCAUCAUGAUGUGAACAAUUCAGUAGCUUGAGGCAACAUUGACAGUAAAGGCACUAGAAGAUGAAACAAUAUCAUCAAGUGAACAAUAGAUGGCAAUAGUGUCUAUUCACCAAUUUGCUGUGACUGACAGUGAUUAUAUAACA